AUGGCGCAAGCCGGCUUCUACCAUCAGCCGAACUCCUCGGGAGACGAUCGCGCCAUGUGCUUCACGUGCACCGUGUGCCUGGUGUGCUGGGAGCGCACCGACGAGCCCUGCAGCGAACACGAACGACACUCGCCCAACUGCCCGUUCGUGAUCGGGGAGUACACGCAGAACGUGCCUUUCAACGUGCCCCACCUGGUGCCCACCGCGAACAGCGACGGCCUUAUAUCGGUUUUUGAUGUAACCGGCAAGGCCAAAAGGGCACAUUCCUUCUACGUCACGCAGUUCGAUUCGUUCAUCUUGGACAAGUUCACGCAGGAUUUUGGGCAGGCUGGAAUUUGGUCUGUUGCGGAAAAUAAAAAAUACCCAGUGGAGAAGAAAGUCACCUCGCUCUGCAUAGUCAGCGACAAAUCCAGCCCGACCAAUGCGAAACCAGUCCGCUCCACUUUGCUGUGCGGCCUGAGCCUCACCUCUCAGUCCGAGAAACAGCCGGAAAUGGCGAUGGACAGCGACAGGGCGAGCGAGACGCGGCUGUACCUCGUCGCGUACGAUUUCCUCUACAGCAAGGAGCAGGAGGAGGCCGAGAACGAGAUCGACUUCGGCGCCCCCGAGCUGCCCGGCUACAACCUGAUGAAGCAGCUGUCGUCGUUCUACAAGAGCUUCGUGCCGGGCGAGAGCGACGAGGUGUUCCUGCCGCCCACCCUGACAGCCAAGAAGCCCCAUUCCGGGCCGAGGGUGCUGCUGUUCGACGAGGCGGACGGCGGUAAAACGGACUCGUCAUCGAGCGGCCAGCCAAUGACGAACGGCCAGAUGGCCGGCCUGGACUGCGAUCUCAGCAUUUCCGAUCACAUCACCGAGGUGGGUUCCAGUCUGCCUGUCUACCAACUGUCAAUGCCCCUCUGUGAAUAA